AUGCAGGGCCUCGGUGAGAUGGCGGCCUACAUGCCUUUGGCAGGUGGUCACGUCCUCUAUGCCUCUCGGUUCGUCGACAAGUCGCUCGGCUUCGCGGUUGGAUGGGCAUAUGCGCUCAUCUGGGUGCUGGCGUGUCCCGCUGAGCUCUCGGCUGUGGCAGUGCUCGUCAACUACUGGAUCCCAGACAAGACGGUCAGCAACGCCGUAUGGAUCCUCAUCGCGCUCGGAUUCAUCCUCGCCCUCAACCUCUUCCCAGUGGCGGUCUUUGGCGAGGCAGAGUUCAUCUUCACCAGCAUCAAGAUCGUCACCAUCAUCGGCCUCAUUGUCCUCGGAAUCGCCAUCAACUGCGGAGCCGGCCCCAACGGCCACUACAUAGGUUUCGAGUACUGGCGCAACCCGGGAACCUUCGGCAUCGACUACCUUGGUAUAAAGGGCGCGGGAGGCAAGUGGCUCGGCUUCUGGGCCGUGUUCGCCCAGGCAGGGUUCAGCUACAUCGGCACGGAGAUUGUCGCCUUGACUGCCGCCGAGUCGGCAAACCCCACCAAGGCGCUCCCCCUCGCCAUCAAGCAGAUCUACCUCCGAAUCUGCGUCUUCUACAUCCUUGGCACGUUCAUCCUCGGCCUGAACUGUCCCUCCAAUGACCCCCGCCUCGGCUCAGCAUCCGAUGCCAGCGCCUCGCCGUUUGUCAUCGCCAUCAUGAGGGUCGGGUACACGACCCUCCCGCAUGUUAUCAACGCCGCGAUUCUCCUCUCAGCCUGGUCUGCUGCCAACGCCGACAUCUACGUCGCCUCGCGUACCAUCUACUCGCUUGCCAAGCAGGGCGGCCUGCCCAAGGUCUUCCUCAGGUCCUCGCGCCGCGGUAUGCCCUAUGUGGCUGUCUGCACCGCCGCCACGGCCGGCCUCCUCGCCCUCAUGACCGUCGACUAUAACGCUCACAAGGUUUUCAAUUGGUUUGCUAGUCUGGUCGGUACCUCCGGUCUGAUCGUCUUCACAACCAUCUCCAUCACAUACCUCCGCUUCAGGAGCAUCCUGGAGAUCAAUCACGUCGACCGCUCGACCCUUCCCUUCCGCUCAAACUAUGCUCGGUUUGGCGCCUGGGUCGUCAUUGCCACCAUCCCAGUCAUCGCCGUGUUUUCUGGUUGGACAGCCUUCUUCCGCCCUCACGACUUUGACGUCGCCGCCCUGUUGACAUACUACCUCCCCGUCGUGCUUUUCCCCGUUGCGUAUGGCCUUCGCAAGGUCUACUCCAAGUCUCGAAUCAUGCCCCUUGACGAAGUUGAUAUUUACACCGGAUCCAGGCUCAAGGAUGAGCUUCUUGUGUACAGUCCCGGCGAGCAGAAGUGGUGGCAGAAUAUUAGCGUGUUCUUCACCUGA